AAAGGUCGUCCCUCAGCUGAUCGCGAACGGGAAGCUGUCGCGAGUGGUGCGUUGUACCAUGGAAAUCAUAGAACACGGGCAAAGGCCACUACAAGAAAGUAAAAGCAGAGAAGAACAAAGGAAAGGUUAGGGCUUAGUGUUGCUAUUAUCCAACAACCGGCUAGUUUUCCCUCUAAUCUUAGGCUUAACCCUUCAAACAAUAUAUAGCUUUGUCGGUGCUGGAAUGAUCAUCCUUCAAGCAGCGCUUUUUACUAAUCAAGCUUUUUACUAAUCAAUGAAUGAGCGGAUUGUCGCUUCAAUGAACGUACACAGAAGAUGCAUAGACUGGACUGAUUUUUAGUCUUUUAGGAUACGGUGGUGUGUGGAUGGGAUGCCAGAGUAUCCAGAUGGACUGAUUUUUAGUCUUUAGGAUACGCUGGUGUGUGGAUGGGAUGCCAGAGUAUCCAGAUGGACUGAUUUUUAGUCUUUUAGGAUAUCAAGAUGGACUAUGGCCGCAUCCUCUCUAUGAUGAGGAGAGUCCCAGUGUCAAGAUGCGUCCCAGUGUCAAGGUGGACAACGAUGUCCGUGUCCUCUAACACAAAGAAAUCAGAACGAGAAGCAUGAUAGCUAAGAAGAGGGAGACUACUCCGUUGAGCAGAAGAUCCUUGCCCACGCCACCUGACAUUCGCGCGUCGAUGCUGGAUUCCACUGAACCAAGUACCGCGAUUAUCCCAGGUGUUGUAAAUACGUCAUCCUCGUCAUCUCCCGCAACAACAUCAACAUCCAGUAGUAGUAGCUCGAGUUGUGAUCCGUCAAGUAAGAUGAAAGCUACUGGCGGCGCUUCUAUUAAGGCUAUUUAAUGAUCCUGAUGUGGGGAACUUGGAGAGGAUCCGUUUCUUCUACUAAGGCUAUUUAACGAUCCUGAUGUGGGGAAUUUGGAGAGGAUCCGUCGCUAUCGAGGAAUUUUAAAUCGAUCACCCCUUCCAUGACCCUCCAGAAGGACGCGCUAACUCUAUGACGGAAGGGGAGACCACUUGGCGCACGAGCAUUAUUGUCAAGAUGGUCCGAUGCGGGUUUUCUUCGUGUCGUCGGGAGUCGUGGGAGCCCGGCCUUCAAUGGGAAGCGCAUAAGCGUGGCAGCAAGCUGAUGGUUCCGGAAGUCAUUCCAUGGAAUGACUAUGACAUGGUUAAGGCUUUUUUGCUAUCAUUUAGUACAUCUUCAGAAUCAGAACCAUCUCGUGCUGUAUUUUUUGAUACAGGGGGACAGGAAUGCUGCAGAGGUGAAAAAAUGUCAUCUGUUGUUCUACUAUUUUUUUGUCUAUAAGGUCUACCUGGUCAAUACAUCGUCAGAACCAUCUCGACUCGUGCUGGUGUCGUGGGAAAAGAGUACACCAUCUUAUGCGGUUAGUCGAGGGCCAAAAUACAGCUUUUAAAGCUGUGUGAUUUCUUAAGCGCUGUUGUAUGUCUAACUAUAAUCGGAUGAAGACGUCGGCAACGAAUCAUUCGGACACGACAGAUAGUACAACGUUGAAGAAUGUGAAAUUGCAUGCUGUUUGGCGCGAGCAUGCUGUUUGGCGCGAGCAAGAAUGGGACGAAUGGAGCAAGGAAGCCAGUCCAUCGAGUAAAGGCUCUGCUGUCAGCUAUUUGCUUUUCAAGAUGCGCGAUGGAGGAGGAGAAGAUCUCGUUACACGGUUGCCGACGAAGCAGAAUGUCUAUGAGGUAAUUCGUGGCGCCGCUGACGCUGUGCGCGCAAUGCACUCCCUGGGGAUAGUGCACCGGGAUCUGAAGCUGGACAAUCUUCUACGAGUACCACUCAAAAACCUGCCAACUACGUUGCCAGUUGCCAGCCAAGAUAGAGGUUGUUUACAACCUCCACUAGUGCCAGAUACAACCAAUAGUCGUGGCAAAAAUUUUAUGAACAACAUGAAUUUCAACAAUUGCAGGGUCCACCACGAGCACGACAACGCGAUCAUGGAAGCAGAUGAGAGCGAGGCGACCUCACCAGUCAUCGACGAUUAAGGCUGUAACUAAUUCAUCUCUUCGCACAUCCUUGUUGAAAAGCAUGAUGCCUGAGUAUUUUCAUGCUCUUCACUCUUCAAGCAUACAAUUCUCGUUGAACAAAGACGAAAUGCGGAAAGCUCUAAGGUGAGGCUUUUGACAACUUAAAGGUCGAAGGAGAGGAACGGCACAUGCUCCUUAAGGCUAGACACUCACUAUCUGGCACGUAUCUUCUGGUCGUGUGAGGUAUUGUCAUCAGUGAAGACGUUCCCCUUGUCGUCGGCUUACAGGGGAAGCCACUGAAUGAAUUAUUGCCUCGUUCUUUCAUAGGUGGGUUUCCAAGGGAAAGAAGGUAGCAGGCUUCCACGGGUCAUGUCAUAUCUUAAAAAGAGGAAAGAAACCAAGGGGAAAGAAAGCAACUCACUCAUAUGGAGUGAAGAGUGUCUAGCGUUAAUGCGCCGUUGUUGGAAAAGCCACUGCUUAGGCCGCGCAGCUCCACGGAAGCGGAGGACGCGAGUGGGAGCACAAUCACAGGAACAUCAAGUAAGGAACCGGAACACCAAGAACAAAGAGCAAGAUCUUUCAAGGAUGAUGUCCAAGAUGGAGAACAGCGAAAGUCUAGCCAUGGCGUUGAUGCGAAAGAUGCGUCUAGAACAUCAAGCAAGGGAAGUAAGGAAAGCAGUACUAGUACGGAUCUUCUCGCUGGUAGAACAUCAAGUAAGGAAAACAAUACUAGUAUGGACCAUGACGAGCAGGUUACCACGACCAGACCACGCAGUAAUGCCAAUAGUAGUGCUAGUGAUAGUACGUCGCCACGGCUCACCACAACCAGUAAGAGUGAACUACAAGUAGAAGUCUGCAAUCUCGCUCAUUGUGCUGAGAGAAACAAGACAGGCGAUGCAUCGAAAAUUAAGGCUCUCACUAUUUCGUCUUUGACUGCAUCCCUAAAAACUAGGAAGAAGCAUCACAGGGUAACGCUCCCCCACACUUUUCAAGGAUGCAGCUGAGGGAUGAACUAAAGCGAAAGAGAGGUCUAAGGGAAGCGGACAGGAAACCACAGCGUGCGCACUUGCCUCGCGCAGUCCUCUGGCCCAGUACCAUCCAGAAUUAUGGCCAGCUUUUAUAAUAAUACUACCUCAACAGCGCGGCGCCUAGAAUAGACGGAUCCUACUGUUGGACGACACGCGGCGCCUAGAAUAGACGGAUCCUACUUAGCUUGGCCAUUACUAUAAUUCUGUACUUAUAUACCUUUUACCUAUCCUUACUUUUUCUUCCUAGUUAGCUUGGCUCCACCCGUAAUAAUACUACCUCAACAGGAUUUUAGUUGUUACUCCCGUUUCCUCAGGAGGGUAAAGGUACCAAGAUACAAGGCUACAGAGAUUAGCCAAAAUGCUCUUUCCCCAGCAGGGUAGGAGAAGACAAGGUCAAGGGUAAGAAAAGAGGUAUGCUAGAAAACACCGGUGGAGAGCUUUAGUACCGAGAUAAAAGGACCUCUAUGUGAUACGGCUCCUUAGAUAGUUCGGUUUUAUCUAUAACAUGGAGCGAACACAUGGCAUUGAUGUGAAUAGAAGAAGAAGCACUCAAUUACUAUCUUGUCUCGCCAGUGGUAGAGAAUGAGCACAAGAGAUGCAUGGUGAUGAUGAUCGGACCAAGCUUGUUGACGUUGAUUUUUCUUUUUAGCUCGCCUAUUAUUCUUGUGUUUUCUAACAGAAUGGCCGAAGAUAAUCGGGGAGUGCUUUCAUGGCGCCUGUCGUCUUUUAGGGCAGUGUCUCCUGCAAUUCUGCGAAGGUUUGGGGGCUGCAGGGACUGCAGCAGCGCACGUGAAGUAUGGCGGGAUGAUGCGGGACCCUAGGCGGCGCCGACGAGCUACGAGCAAAAGCUCCAUUCCGACAGACAUGCAACCUCUAUCAUCUCUGUCAGCUUUUAUCCAUCUCGGUUCCCUCAUCUCGAUUAUACCCUUUUCCCUUGUAACAAGGGAAAAGGGUAUAAUCGAGAUGAGGGGACCGAGAUGGAUAAAAGCUGGCUCUAACUCUAGCCGAGGAUGACGCAAGUCUUCACUCGUUUGACCUACACCCUGGGUUACCCGAUAGUCGGGUUGAACGAAUCUGUAGCAGACCUCAGGAUGACACUCCACAUGUCGUCCAAAUUAUUGACUUCGGUUCUGCCAAGCGAGCGAGUGCAGCUUCCACGACGCAGUCGGCGCAACACCUCAGUAACAAGUUAAGAACAUCAACAUAAUUGGUCACUUGCUUAUUUCAGCUUAUGAGCGAAUAAUUCUUUGGAAAGAUUGACCGCUUCGCUGGUUACGUUUGAGAUGCUUGCACUGACAAUGUUGCUCCGCUCUUCUAAAGUAAGGUAAAACUUCUACGUCUUGGAGGGAAGAACGCCGGGAAGGGGGCAGCGAGGACGCGGGGCGCGCGGGCACACCGGCAUACAUACCAUUAUGGUAUAUCUAUACUUCUUGUCUAUGGAGAUGUAGCUCGCACAUCAUCAGUUCAAGCACUUUCCUUUCUGCUUCAGUGCCACUUGUCUCUGGAAAGUAUCAAUCAUAAAAGACAUACUAAGAACAACGUAGAUGAUGGCUAAUUUUCCUUCGUUUCACUCCCUUAAUGAUCAAAGACAUGAAUUUCCAUUAGGGUUGUCGUUGUUGUCUAUGGACACAUCGGUUUAUCAGACGAUGUACUUACAUCUCAAGGUCGUGUUUGAUAGCUCUAAAUUGACCUGCGUGUUGGUACUCAAGUUUUUCGGAGUUUCAGAUGGACAUUUUUUCGCUUGGCCUGACCUCCCUUUACUCCUGGAGUGGGGCGCAUGGGUUCACCCACUCAUUUGCAGACGCCUAUGUCACUAUUUUCAGUUUAUGUGCAGGACUACAGUUUAUGUCACUCUCACCACUACAAAAAAUGCUAACCAAUUUGGUCUUUAUGUCACUAUUUUCAGUUUAUGUGCCGGAAGAUACAGUUUGUUUGUGUGACCACGGUGACAACAGCACUCCUUCUGGUUUAUGUGACGACUAUAUUCCGUUUAUGUGACGACUAUAUUCCGUUUAUGUGACGACUAUAUUCCGUUUAUGUGACGACUAUAUUCCGUUUAUGUGACGACUAUAUUCCUUUAAGGUGAACUCUACACUGAAUGGCCUCAUACAUAGAUGCGUGAAGCUAUACAAGAGGCACCAUGACAUGACAACAAUUUCGAUCUAUCAGAGAAGGUUCCUUCAUAACUGGAGUAUUUCUACAGAGGUGGCGUGGAGAGGUGGGACCGGAUGCUUAACGCCUUCUGGGUCCAAGUGGCCGAGGAGUUUACUAUAUGGCAUGAUGAGUCCCGCAGGGAGCUCGCGCGUGUCAGUCCUCUCGACAUCGGUUGUAUGGACGAUGUUUAUUCCAUCCUUACGACCAUCGAGGCCCCCCUUAAUGCUAUACGUUUUUAGGGGGAAAUAAAAGGGUAGCCAUGACGGACUGGCUAGAUGGAAUAGAUGCCUUUCAUAACCGGGAUGGAUGGAAACCGUACUUUUACCGAGGACUACCGUAUGGAAAGCAACCGUACUGCUACCGACGCUACUAGCACUUCCCACUACGCUGCUUCUAGCAUGGAUGGUCGGGAGCCGUACUACGCUUCUUCUAGCAGUCUAGUGGCGCAGGGAGCACAGUUCGCUGCUGGGAUCCAGUUGUUGGAAAGAAACAAGCCAGAAAAGUGGCUGUUGAUGACAGAUGUAGAAGUCGAGCUGGACGUCGAUGCCACAUUAGACCGACUCUUAUGGGUAAAUCAGUCAAGAACUCCUCUUUAAAUUUACACUCUUUGGCCAAUGCCUUCUUGACUGCAUGAAUAGGUUAACUGCGACUACUACUACACUCAAAUUUUUUAUUCGGAAGUACAACUACUACUUGGUUGAAAAGCAAUAAGACACCAAGAUCAAGAUGGGUUUUUGGUACUUCUAAGACUCCAGCGAGCGGCGCGAAAGAGCUCCAAGAAGCCUACACGCGCUAGCACACAAAUUAAGGCAAGAAACAGCCGCAGCGCCGAAGAAGGUCCCGUCGCUGGGCACAAGAGUGAGAGCGGCGCUGGUUUCCUCCGCAAUGAGAGACCGGUAGUAGUCUCUCCUGCUGCUGCCGAGAAUGGGGCCAUAAACGUCGACCAAGCUGCGUUUUCAACUGGUAAAAAUGGCGUCAAUGAACGAGUCAACAAUGUUGAGCAAGUCGUCAGCAAGCAACAACUCGUCGUUAACAGUGCGCAAGAAUCGAAGAUGUCCGCAAGCUCUACUACAACAACUAAUAGUGCAGUACAGGAAUCAAGUGCUAGUGCCAAUACUGCAGUACACGAAUCGUCGACUCUGGAGGCCUCACGUGGGCGAUUUUUAAAUCCCUUGCUGUUGGCACUUCCAGUAUCGGAAGAAGGGCUGCUCAAUGACGAGGAAAUCGCGGUGAUCGAAACACUCUCGAGGAGACUCGUCUACUUUCUCAAUUUAUGCGACUAUUGAUUGGGAUCAAAUCCACUUCUUGUAGUUUGAAUACAGACUGACGUGGUCUUGAUGAAUAUCGUAUCAUAUUAAGUAAUUUUCUUCACGACUGGGAUCAUUAUCGGCAUAUGCUAGCCACUUACCGAACUCUAACGUGCCACGUGGUGGAGCGGCAUGAUCCAGAUAUGGCGGCACUCCUACGUGCGAUGCUGCAGUUGACACCUACCGUUACGGCUCUCGAUACUUCAUUUUCUCAGACUACUCGUUUUUUUUUGUUUCUUUCUUAGCACUUAGACUACGUUUGCAAAAAAAGAAAUGUGAGUUUUGUCCUUCCAUUUGUAAGUAGGAUAAAAGCGUUGGUGUAGUAGGUGAGCAGAUGCUUGGACGAACAAAGAUUCAGACUACUUGCACUUUUCUGUUUUUUAGUAUGUAGGUGAUGAUAUGUCAGGUUUCGUCCUCUCUCGUAAAAUAGUACUCCUGCUAGAUCUACUACAAAUGUUGGGCAUGGUGGUCUAAUCCGGUGGUCUAUAGCGUGGCUGAUCUCCAACCGCUCUUGGCACGACUUGGGUCCCUACGAAGCGCUCUCGGCACGGCUUGGGUCCCUAUGAGGGACAGGCCUUAG